GCUUAUUCGCUGGCAACUUAGGGUUGUUUGUUGUGAUGUCGCUUUCGUAAACAAUAUCAAUAUCAGAAUAUCAUAAUAGUGUUACGUUAAAAUAUUCUUACCAAUCGCAUAAGAACACUCAAAAGAAGCAAUCUAUCGAAUAAUUACUUAUACCAGUGGAAAUAUGUAAUAACUGCAAUAUAAACCUGGCACUGACUAGUUGCAGAAUUCUAGAUCUAGAUCUAGAUCUUCUGAUCUUGUGAAGCUGGUUUUGCUUGUGGGACUGUUGUAUCUUACUCUUGACUUGCAUGAGGCCUGAACUCUAAAUCUGAACUGUUGCUGCUCACUUUUUGAUUAUUUUUUCAGUGUCUUCACAAAAUGUCAUCUUAUACAAAGAUAUCACCGCCAGUGUCACCAACUCCAUCAAUGCCUCCUUUUUCACCAUUCUUGAGUCGAACAAGCAGCAAUGGCAGUACUAGCUCUCAAACCAGAGAGGCACAUCUCACCGCAACAGCAAAAAGACAAAAAUACUUCAGAAGACUGUUUAAAUUUAGACAAAUGGACUUUGAAUAUGCCUUUUGGCAGAUGAUUUAUUUAUUUGUUUCACCCCAAAAAGUAUACAGAAACUUUCAGUAUAGAAAACAAACUAAAGAUCAAUGGGCUAGAGAUGAUCCAGCUUUUCUUGUACUUCUUACAUUUUGGCUGUGUGUGUCUUCACUUGGAUUUACAGUAGCGCUAAGUCUUGGUUUUCUUGGUUUUAUCAAGUUUUUAUUGUGGGUGAUCUUUAUUGAUUGUAUUGGCGUGGGCCUGCUUAUUGCUACUUUAUUUUGGUUUAUUGCAAAUCGUUACAUGUUGAUAAAUCCACCCAGAGGGCAAGAUGUUGAAUGGGGCUAUGCAUUUGAUGUUCACCUCAAUGCAUUCUUUCCUUUGUUGUUGAUACUACAUUUCUUUCAAUUGCCAUUUCUCAAUUAUGUUAUAAACAAGGAUAUGUUUUUCUCAAGAUUUUUUGGAAACACGUUAUGGCUUUUAGCUAUAGGCUACUACAUCUACAUUACAUUCUUGGGCUACAGCGCACUUCCAUUCUUGAAAAACACAAGGACCCUGCUGUUUCCGAUGACUGCAGUACUCCUCAUUUAUAUUUUGUCACUAAUUUUGGGGUGGAACUUCAGCUGGGGUCUCUCACAGUUUUACCAUGAUAGGGUGAUGGACAACGUUUAGAGGUUGCCAAGAUUGCUGGAGAGGAUGUUUUCCAAAAAUGUCUUGACUGAAAGAUGUGUAAGGGUUACAUAAUAUAAGUACCAUAUAUCUGUAAAAUUUCCAUCUUGUCUCAAGUGGACUAAAAACAACAGUAGAUGAAUAGUUUGCUACAUAGAAAGAAGUGUAAAAAUUCUUUAUUUAUAUUUUGUUAAAUUAUAGAAUGACUAUCUGAAAAAUAUGUUAACGAACAAAAUAAAUUUUAUUCUAAGAAUACAUUCUUAAUUAUUACAUCAAAUUUGAAAGUUUUUCCUUACAUAUAGCAAUCCAAAAUGUGGUUUUGUAUUUUUGUAAUUGAUAAAAAUUAUUGUUUUACUUGAUCGAUUAUUGUGCAGAAUUUGUAUAUUUGCACCACCACACCAUUCUCUGCUAUCUACAUAAGGAUUUAAUGUUUGCAGGUUAAUUUUUUAGGUAAAGGUUAAACUUAAACAUAUCACUUAUAUUUGACAAGUCAUUCUUUAACUUAAAAAAAACAGUUUAGUCCAAAAUCUGGAUAUGGUACAAUAUCCUUAAAAACUGUUUAUGAUGAUGGUCAGGUGUCUACCUCUUCAGCAUUCAAGUCAUAAAAAGGAUUGUGUUGUCGGCAAAGUUCCUGUUGCACUUGAUUCUCCCUGACCUAUCAGUUACCCUGUUCAGUGUUUGACAGAGACAAGAUCUUCACAAACAAUAAGCAAAUAGCAUGCAAAUAUUUUAUCAGAGGGUUUUAUAUAUUUGCUUAGGUGUGUAAAUAAUGCAAUAAGUAUUUUGAUAAGUUUUGACUGCUGUAUUAAUGCUUUUUAAAUUAGCCACAUUUGAUUUGUUUCAUUAAAAUGACUGAAAUGAAUUGUGCAAA